GGGGCAUUGUUAAAGUAGGCUGAACCCGUGUAGUGAACAGCUAGUACUGACUUUUAAAUAGCAUUUUGGAGCUUUAGUAUUGCCUAGGUAUAAAAUAACCAGGACAUUUAAUAUAUAGCUUUCGAAUAACUGCAACGUUGUAGGGGGACACAGGUAGACACACUGGUCGAGUAACAAAGCAUUUGGCCAGACUGCGCGCUAACAACGCUAACAGUUCCUAUACUUACAAGAGCCACACAAAGGAAAAGCGGUGGAUUGGUUUGAAAGCAUUAACGCCAAAUUGACUUGCCGAAGAAUACUGUUAUCUCCAAAUAGUUGGCAGCACAGACAAUCUAUCAAGCUGUAGUGAUACUUGGGAGUCAGAGGAGUGGUAUUUGUUAAAGAAACACUUCAGAUCUGACAGCGAGUCUGGAUUUGUCAGCCUGGAUUGGCACAGUUUCAUCUGAUUUAGGUAUUUUGCCCAAACGCAUUGUUAAAUCGUUACCAGCUACAUUAGUGCGGCUUUCACGUUAACUCCUGCUAUGUGAAGAAUGAAGCUGCCAUUAUGGCGAUAAUCGUGACAAGCGACAUGUCCAGAGACUCGUAUCUUGAAAUUAGAAGAAGGUAGCUAACUACGACCUAGCAAAUAUUUAGCGAAGUGUUCCUUAGCAAAGCUAGCUAGCUAGCAAAUUUAGUCGCCCUGCUAGUGUUGGUUAGCAGUGAGGAGGGCAGUUAUCUUUUAGCUCUUACGCCCACUGUCACUGGCGUUUUUAGUAUUAACUCGAAUGUAGUCGAUGUCCGAAGAAGCUGACCGUUGUUUGUAACGUUAUAAACAGUUAGAGAAAGUUGCAGUGAGUGAAGCGGGGUUUAGGUAACGUUCGGCUAGCAGGCUAAUCGCUUAGCCGAGCUAAAGCUAACGCUAUAGCAGCCCAUUACAAAGUAACGACAGCCAGCACUCAUAGCUGCUGAGUUUAAGUAACAGGAAGGGAACCGAUAGCUUUUUUUUCUCUCGACAAUAACAAUGGCAGCCCCAACAACCGAGGCCUUGUUUUUGAUAAAGGAUGUGAAGCCUGGGUCAAAAAAUUUAAAUAUUGUUUUCAUCGUUUUGGAAAUAGGAAGAGUGACCAAAACGAAGGAUGGCCAUGAGGUGCGCUCAUGCAAGGUGGCAGACAAAAGCGGGAGCAUAGCAAUCUCUGUUUGGGAUGAACUGGGCAGCCUUAUUCAGCCAGGAGACAUCAUCAAGCUAACCAGAGGCUAUGCAUCCAUAUGGAAAGGCUGCCUGACCCUGUACACUGGAAGAGGAGGAGACCUCCAGAAGAUUGGAGAGUUCUGCAUGGUGUAUUCAGAAGUGCCCAACUUCAGUGAACCAAACCCAGAGCUGCUAGCCCAAGCGAACCAGCAAAACAAGUCUGGUAAGCCUGACCAGAACCAGAGAGGAAACUCUCCACCCAAUCAGAAUUCAGGUACACCUGCCCCACCAGGUAACGGUGCCAUGCCGCCAUUUGCCAACAACAACCCACCAUCUGGUGCGCCUCGUGACCCUGCGUUUGGGAACAUUGGGCGGCCCAAUGGCCGGUCACCUGGCAAUGGAGCACCUCCAGUUACUGCUGCUGGACCCCCAGCAACCACAAAGUCCUCAGUUACCAUUAGCAACGGCAGGGAUCCACGACGUGCCAAAAGAUGAAAUUGGGUUUGGGGGGGAUCAUGUGAGAAAACUAUGGACAUCCCCGUUUUCCCCUGCCCUUUUUAACCCGUUUUUCCACUCCUUCUCCACCGCAGCCUGUGUCGGCUUUCAAAAUACAUAAAGUUGGGGACUAUUUGCAUAAUUUUUAUACAGGCUAACAUAGUCAAAUGUUGUUUGUCAUGCAUAGUGCGAGUAGUAGUGCUCUCAGUAAGCAGCACAGUGUGACUAUGAUCUACCACUUGAUGCACUAUCAGCAUUCUUCUAUAGAUGAGACCUGGUGGUUAUGUUAAGGUCAGCUUCUCAGUCUAAACCCUUGUCGUGUAAAUCUCAUUGCAAUUUGCCACUUCUGUGCCAGUGUUACCUCUCGCCACACCUACCGAACCCCUACCCCUCUUGUUUUCUUUCAGACUAUACACCCUACUUGAACACUUGAUGCACUUUCUUCUCUUAAUUUAUGUUGAGGCUUGGCUGUCAUUUGAAUCAGGAAAUCAAUUUCUGCUUUUUUUUUUUUUUUUUCCAAUCAUAGAAAAGGCCUUAUGUUGGUGAAAAUGAGUUUUUGGACUGAAUGGCCGAGUGAAAUUCUUCAAAGGGUCUUCCCUCUUUUAACCAAACUGUAUCCGAAGUGACUCUGUGAAAGGAAAGGUGUUAGUUUUGAAUUUUUAAUGAUAGGUAGGUAGAUUGAUAUGAAACUGUUUUUUUUCAUAAGACUUGUUUUUCUUGUUUGCCAUCAACUGUACCUUAAUGAAGGUGGGACCACUUAAAUACUGGCAAAAACGGUUCACCAAAUAAAUUUUAGAGUACUUUUGCUGCCACGUUGGAUUUUCUGUAGUCUGUUUGAGAGCUUAAGUUACUAUUAAUGUCAAUAAAGUGUAUGUCAUGUUGCUGAUCCUGCACUUAAGCUGCCUUGUAUAUGGCAAAAAAACAAUUCUUACAUUCAAGGAUGUUAGUUGAAAUCCGUUUUCCCUCAGAUGCGCACAGUUUCACCAGUCAAACCCUGACAUGAGAACAGCGCAGGGAGGGUUUGAAUACAAAUCACCCCUAAAGCCCCACCAUGCUGUGAACUGCCACAUUCAGAGCUUCAUACUGUUACUAUCCUCUCAUGAUGAUUUCAUUGUACAGCACCAUCUAGUGCCUAGAAAAAUAAACUACCAUUUGUUA